AUGGCUGAACGCCCCGCUCCUCGCUCCGGCCUGAUUCUCUCAGUCAAUGCGGGGUCUUCAUCACUAAAGAUAUCCGUCUACCGCCUCUCUCCGCCCGGAACGUUCGGAGAGCCAGUUCAACUUCUCAUUGACGCAUCGCUAUCCUCUAUCAGCAAAGAUGCCACGUUCUCGUUCUCUGCGGCCGACGAAAGCAUCAAAGCCGAGUCCUGCAAGAACGAACCGGCGAAGGACGUGAACGACCACACUACAGGUUUCGCUUACUUCCUCGAUCAUCUCAAGCAGGCGGCGGGCAUAGACCGCGAGAAGAUAGUUCACGUCUGCCACCGUAUCGUGCACGGUGGGAGAUAUCACACGCCUAUCCUGAUCACCGAGCAAGCGUAUCACCACCUCGAGCGUCUUUCCGACCUCGCACCAUUACACAACGGCGCAGCUCUCUCGGUGGUCCAUGCCUGCAUUGACGCUUUGCCGCAUGCAAACUCUAUCGCAUACUUUGACACGGCGUUCCACCACCACAUCCCGCCCCACGUCGCUUCAUAUGCGAUCGACCAGACUAUCGCGCGCAAGAAAGGCUUGCGCAAAUACGGCUUCCACGGGUUGAGCUAUGCAUAUGUACUCAGAGCUGUUUCGCAGUACUUGAAGAAGGAUAAAGAAGACACUUCCCUCAUCGUUUUGCAUCUCGGAUCCGGAGCCUCCGCCUGCGCCAUCUAUCACGGUCAUUCACGCGAUACGUCCAUGGGUCUAACUCCCGCAUCUGGCCUACCGGGCGCAACACGCGCCGGUGCGAUCGAUCCGACCCUCAUCUUUCACUACACCCACAAAGCCGGGAAGAUCACCCACUCUAAAGCGGGCAUGCGCGACGUCGGCAUCACCGAAGCCGAAGAAAUCUUAAACAAGCGCUCUGGGUGGAACGCGCUAGCUGGUACCACGAACUUCGCCGACAUCGUCAAGCGCCGUGAGGAGGACGAAGGCGCCGCACUUGCCUUCGAUCUCUUCGUCGACCGGAUACUCGACUUUGUUGGCGCGUACUUCUUGAAGCUUGGUGGGCAGGUCGACGCGCUAGUGUUUUCCGGUGGUAUUGGAGAGCGCUCGGUUGAGUUGCGUGAGACUGUUGCGCAGCGAUGCGAGUGCCUUGGGUUCGGGUUGGAUGCGGAAAGGAAUAAGGGCGUGGAUGAUGCUGAGGGAAGUGUCAUACCGAUAGGCGAGAAGCUAUUGGUUUGUCGCACGGAUGAGCAGAUCCAGAUGGCGCGGGAGUGCGCGCUCGACAUCAGGUUCUGGGAAAACCCGUAA